AUUUACGUGGAUGGUCCGUAUGGAGCUCCUGCUACACAUUUCACAGAAGCAGAGCAUGCUGUGCUUAUUUCAAGUGGAAUUGGUGUGACACCUUUUGCAUCUAUUCUUCAAACUAUAAUGCUUCGAUACAAGAACGCCUCGCACUCUUGUCCUAACUGUAAUUACUGUUGGGUUGGUGACGUUCCUUAUUCUUUGAGAAAACUGCAUAAGGUGGGCAAAUAAUAUGCAAAAUAUUCAUGGUUACAGAAAUUGCUUGAGUGCUCAUGAAAAAUAUUCUGGAAGGUCGGCAAAGUGUUGAUCUACAGGGUGUAUAAAAAAACUGAACAGAUUUCAAAUCGUAUCCAGUUUUUUAUGUAUAUAGCUUUUUUGGGUACUUAUAAUGUAGAAUAAUGAAAAAAAAUUCUCGAACUCAAAUUUUCUGAACCAGGGGGGGGGGGGAGGGUGUCGUUUCCAACAAACUAAAAAUGGUUUGCACACGAAAUUUAAAAGCUUUAAUCAUAUUUUGAGUUAAAGAUGCGGUACAGUCCUAUCUGCGCAUGUGCACAAAGGAGCCCUCUUUUUAUUUACAAACAGUUUAUUUAGGUUUCUAUUUCAUUUUAUGUUCUUGCAAAGCUUGAUUGUUGUCUCUUCUUAAUUUAUUAUACUCUAUAAUCAUAAAAAUAUAACUAGUUGUCGAAUAAAAUUCAAUAUUUUAGAUACAGAAAUGUAAACAAAGCCUUUGUUUACAUACGGACUGUACCGCAUCUUUAAUAGAUGGAAAAUUUGUUGGGUUUUUAAUUACUGUACAAUUAAAAUUUCAGACAACUUGAUUCAGUUUAAGCCCUUUAACUAUUUAUUUUUCCCUAAAAAAUCAGCCUUUCGCAUGCUUAAUUAAUGCAUUUACCCAAUUUGUAUAUUGCUGACAUAUGCAAAUUAGGCAAAGUUUGCGUGAAAUGAUAACCGGCUUAAACUAAAGAAAAUUGUCUGAAAUUUUGUGCAGUAAUUAAAAACCCAACAAAUUGUCCAUCUAUUAACUCAAAUAUGAUUAAAGCUUUUAAAUUUCGUGCGCAAGCCAUUUUUGGUUUGUUGGAAAAGACACCCCACCCCUGGUUCACAAAAUUUGACUUCGAGAAUUUUUUUCAUUAUUCUACAUUCUAAGUACCCAAAGAAGCUAUAUACAUCAAAAGCUGGAUACUAAUAUCUGUUCAGUGUUUUUAUACACCCUGUAUAGGACUCGUUUACUGCAGCACUGCAAGAUAUAGUUGCCUGUCCACUCAUGCAACAAGAAUCGAGUCUAUUGGAACCAUUAAAAAAAAUCGUGUCUAUUGGGAUAAUAGUCUAUCAAGAUAUGAUGGUCUGAGUAAUUUUGUUAUGUUUAUGAGAAUUUGUGGUCGGUCACCAUGAUUGAGCUUAUGGUAUUUUCGCAUAAUAAACGUCCAAUAUCUGAGGUGAAACAUGAGACACUCAAACAAUAAGUGUCUUAUAUUUUGUUGCUUUAACGUUCGCCAGGCUUCCAGAUCAUCAUCGAAUCGAUUCGUUACUGUCUAUGAAUUCUUACAAAUAAAGUGAUGUGCAAAUUGACUUAUUGACUCGAUCUUACCAAGCGAUCGGUAAAUGUGAUAUCAAAAAGUUGUCGUAAAAUCUUGGCUAUCGCCUAACGAAAAUUUUAGUGCUUUUCUGCUAUGCUUUGUACAAGAUGCAAUGUUCGAUUACUUUAGGUAAUCACACCGGAAGGAGUACAAUUAAUGAUUAACACUGUGAGUGAUUUUUGCCAAAAUUGCACGAGUUGUCGAGGCGGUUUAUGACAAUAGAGACCUUAAGAUUGACGUUUACGGCAAACGUCAAACCGCUAGCGAAGUUUUUGAUUUUACAGCUCUAUUAUUGUAGCUUUUACACCAGUUUUGAAAUAUGUUAAACUGAUUAAACUUCUGGUCUUUAGCAAUGAUUUAAGAAAGAAAAUUAACCACUAGUCAUGCCAUUCACCAAAGCAGUAAAUGAAGAUUUGGCGUACGAAGUUGACGUUUGACGCAUAAAUUUCAUGCUUUAACGACUACAAGCCUCGUAGCAGUUCAAGCAUGAAAUCUAUACGCCAAACGCCAACUUCAAACGCCAAAUCUUAAUUUACUGCUUUGGUAAAUGGCAUGACUAGUGGUUAAUUCGCUUUCUUAAAUCAUUGCUAAAGAGCACAAGUUUAAUAAAUUUAACAUAUUUCAAAACUGGUGUAAAAACUAUUAUAAUAGAGUUGUAAAAUCAAAAACUUCGCUAGCUGUUUGACGUUUGCCGUAAACGUCAAUCUGAAGGUCUCUAAUGUUAUCAUAAACCGCCUGUUGUAGCUAUUGCACCCAAGCUAUUAGUGUCACGUGAAUGCAGAGAUCACAUGUAUAUAUUGAAAAACUAUAAACAUCCUCCUUGACAAUGAAAUGGUUUAAUUUAUGAUUGGUGUGAAAUUCAAAUAUAUAUUCGAAAUGUCCAAGCGAAGCAGCAAUAAAUAUGAAUCGCAAGUUCUUCAUUCGUCAACAAGCAAAUGUUUUAGGUCACUUCUUUUUGUGUAUUUUCAUUUUCUGCUUUUGUUUAAAAGUACCUGUAACUGAAUUGUAGACUCAUUUGUGUUUACAAAGCGAGCCGCCAUUUUUUCUUCUAAUUGGACUUACCAGGAGUGUAAUUAAUGAAAAGAUUUCCCCACUUCUCUUAACCAAUCAGAUUGCAGUAAUUUUCUCAUUUAUAUAAUAAGUACGAUAACACAAUGAUGUGAUUGAUUAUAUAGGUCGACUUCUUUUGGAUAAACCGUGACCAGCAUUCAUUUGAAUGGUUUUUGAGUCUCCUGAACCAGCUUGAGGUGGAGCAAUCUGAGAGUAAAGGAGUAUUUAACGACCAUUUUCUCGACAUGCAUAUUUACAUGACAUCGGCUUUGAGGAAAGAAGACAUGAAAGCCGUUGGAUUACAACUGGCACUUGAACUUAUUCACAACAAGAAGGAGAAAGAUUUGAUCACUGGUUUGAAGACAAGAACAAAUCCUGGUAGACCGGAUUGGGACAAGGUGAGAUGGGGUUAAAAACAAUCAGAACAUAAUUAUUUGGGGUUAAAAAGUUAUAAGCUAGUUCUACUUUGGUACUUUCCUCUUCGUUAAGUUGGAAGAAAAAUUGCAUCUAUCAGGAUUAAUAAUAAUAAUCAGGUAAAUAUUAUUAAUCCUGAGGAUGACUACAAACUAAUCAAGACGUCGAUUAAAAAUCAAAAUUGCAUCCAUAUGUAACGGUUAUUGGAGAUUCAUGACAUGAACUUGUACUUUGGCAUCAAUAAUUCAAUAACUUUUCUAUGUAGUAUGUGCAUUGACAAUUGCAGAAAAAUAAUCGAGAAAAAUAAUCAAGGCAGUUCCGCUCACAGCGCGCUUUUUUUUUAGAUUUUUUGUUUCAAACAAUAUAUAUCAUAUGGGCCAGAGAUAGAUUAGCUACAGUAGUUAUGUACAUUCAGAAUGCAUCAUGGAAGGUAAAACGUAGAAGCUAAAGCGUUAAUUUAGAUAUUAAGCAACAAAUUUCAUUCCGUAAUUAAAAAAACCCAUCUGCAGACAGCGUUGGUACAAAAUUUGUCAAGUAUUUCGAGCAAUUUGGGUAAGAGCAAAGUAAAUGUUGAGUCUAGUAUUGCAAGAUGUUAUCGUGCUUACGUUUCAAAGAGAAUAGACUGCACCAAUAUGUAAAUAAACCAUGCCCAUGUUCACAGCUAAAAAACAGUCCAUUCAAGUCAAACACUUGACGGUAGCGACAUCAAACGACUUUUAUCCUGGCCGGCUAGCCAAAACAAUUAAAACAUGUUUUUCAACAAGCAAUUCUCAAACCCAUUACCUUGACUUGGCUUUUCAGAAUUAAUAGUUGGCGUCUCGAACUAGAUUUUGAAACUUUUAACUUGCAAACCGUUGUUAUUGCGUGAUCUCCGACCCAACGUCCGCGCGUAAGCCCGGACGAGGGUAUUAACAUUAGCGAAAUCUAAAGUUCAUCAAUGAUCGCGGGCGUGGGUUACUGUGCGUGGGGUGCCAAUAGCUGUUAUUGUAAUUGAAUACGUCUAUGCUACGAACCUGCGGUAUCUGCAUUAUUUUGACAUGGAGACGAGGCUAUAGGGUCCUGUUUUGUGUUUUUUGACCCUUUAGCCUCGUUUUCGUGCGUACUUCCACUGAGAUACCGCUGAUUCGCCGCAGCGGCGUAUUCAAUUACGAUAACAGCUAUUAAUUAACUCCAUGUCUUUUAUCUGGAAUGAUAACAUGCGAGAGAAACGUGAAGCCAAUGCCAGCGCCACUCCAUGCUAACGCCAGCGUGCUGACGCGCGCUGACAGACCGCGAUAGACCGAUAGAUUGUGAUAGACCGAUAGAUCGUGACAGACCGCGCGGUGAUGGCGUACAAUAUGGCGUGGAAAUGGCGUGUAGGGCUGACGCCACUGCUCACGCGUUGCUCACGCGAGGCUUCACUUUUUAACGGCCAAAAUAAAUGAAUGAAUGUUAUCGUUCCAGGUAAAUAGAUUAAGUUCACUGGUGGGCAGUCAUCCUCACUGAUCUAAAAGAUAUGGCGGAAUGUCGUGAAUAGCGGACACUGAUUGCUCAAAUUGAAAAUUUGCAUUAUAACGACUGCAUGACGGCAGCAAAAUAGCAAACAUUUCUUGAUUUGAUGAUUUCUUGCCAAUAUAUUUUAUUUUUGCAAGAUUUUGUAAAUUUCAAAAGCUUUUUGAGAAAAUAUAUAGGCGAAAGAAUUGCUAAUUGCUAAAAGAAGGGAGAGUAAAUGCUCCGAUGUUAAGGAAGAUAAGUUUGUUUUAAAUAUUGAUGUAUUGUUCGUUUUAUAAUUGCUUUAACAGCUGAUCGUUGCAUAUAUUUUAAAUUAAAAAAGACAACAUAUAAUUCCAGUGUUAGCGUUUCUGUAUUGAUUACGCAUUUUGAUUAUAUUAUUAUUUUUAAAUGAAAAAGAAAGGAAAGUUAUUUGAAUGCGAGAAUUUGAAAUCAUUUCAUUUCAAACUCAGACUUCUUCGAUAAUGGCAGUUUAAUAGUUUUAUAAAGAACGUUUUAAAACGUUUUUGCGAAGCGUUUGAGGUUGAAUUUUACCUUAAAUUGAUGCUUCUAUUACGUAUAAUAACAUUGCCUAACAUAUAUAUGUUUGGGAAAACUAAUUCAAAGUGAUACUUUUAUCAAUCUCGUACCCAGAGUAUGCACUUUGGAGAAACGGAAUGACCGGAUAUACAAUUUUGGAUAUAUAUAUAUAUAUAUAUAUAUAUAUAUAUAUAUAUAUAUAUAUAUAUAUAUAUAUAUAUAUAUAUAUAUAUAUAUAUAUAUAUAUAUAUAUAUAUAUAUAUAUAUAUCCGGUUAGUUGCUCAAACCGCGCAACACUGAAUUCGCGCGGGGUGUAGAUAAAAGGCCGACGGAUAAAAUGCGGGCCGCGGGCGGCGGACGACGGACGGCAGAGCAUUUUAUAAACACAUGGUUACUAUCGCAACUUGUUAUAAUACUCUAGAAAAAGGCAUACCAGCUUUACAUCUGUAAAAUGAGUAUGUUUUCACCCAUUGAUACACCGGGUGGAAAGCGAAAUUUAAAAAUGAAAAUUAAAGCCCAGCAAAUGACUUUCAGACAAGACAUAACAAAAAUAUAAAAUUUAUUGGCUAACGUUUUGUUGUAUUGUUCACAACAUCUUCAGAGCAGUUAUACUUAUUUAAUUGCUCUGUAUAAAAUACACGUACAUAUAAUACACGUGUAUAUAUAAUACACGUGUAUAAUACACACUUGUAAAUAAGUUUAAUUGCUCUGAAGAUAAGAUGUUGUGAACAAUACAACGAAACGUCAGCCAAUAAGUUUUAUAUUUUUGUUAUGUCUUGUCUGAAAGUCAUUUGCUGGGCUUUAAUUUUUAUUUUUAAAUUACAGUAUAUUUUCACCCGUUCGAAUUCUUAGCAAUGCAAUUUUUUAUAUGUUCCCACGAAAUAAAAAAAAUCGUUCAAGAAAAGAUCGAACAGCAUUACUUAGCAAGUUAGAAACUUAUUGGGCUCAAUGAAAAUCUACCCCAUCAAUCCGCCCCUAAUAUAUGAAUAAUAUGAUAUUUCUAAAAUCCGCAUAUAGAACAGUCGUCGCAUGUAAAUAGGCCAUUUGCUACGUGUGAAGCUCUAAGGUUUAUAGGUAGUAAAAUGGGGAUUAUUUUUAUUAUAAAACAACAAGUCGGCACUAUUUAAAGUACGAAAAUGUCAGCAAGUGAAUGUCAUUUAAUUCUGCCUAACAGAAGCUUGAAAACUAUAUAAGGCGAUUUUUACAAUAUUUCCAAAAGUUUCCCGAGAAAGACGGCGUAUAACCUAUCAUACAUACGUAUCAAAUUCUGAUUAAAAAAUACCAUUGCUACAAAUUUCGGAACUUGUGAAAACAUAUUCAUUUCACCGAUUUCACUGGUAUACUUUAAUUUAGGGUAUAAUAAUUAACUUCUUUGUAUGUUUACAUGUUUUUUUUUAUAAUAGUUUUGUUUGUUUGUUUUUAUACGUGGUGUUUUCACAAACAAAACUAUUGUAGGGCCUAUAAUAAUUAGUUGCGGUGGCAAUCAUGUGUUUAUAAAAUGCAUGCUCCGUAGUCCGCCCUCCGUCCGCCUUUUAUCUAUACCCAUUCGCGCGGGCGUCAUAAGUUGCAAUUAUAAAUAAAAUCGUAGAAUUUGUUGAAAAUUUGAUACUUUUUAGAUUGAAAUCAAUUUAAAAAUAUUUAUCUUCUUAUGCUAAGUGUUACAAUUGAAAGUAAAUAGUUAUAUAUACGGUGUAUAUGAACUAAGCAUUUUUAUGGAUUUUAUAAGAUCAAGAAAUGGUAUCGAGACUUCGCAAAGCUAGAAGGUUUAUUAGAGGAUGAUUGUUACAUUUUUACUAUUUUGCAAGUUAUAAUGCUCUAAACAUACCAUAUUAGAUAGUUUUUAUACUAUUAAAAUAUCCGGCUAGAAUGUUUGAUGGACCUGUGGCUGGUUAACCUAUUUGUAUAACCCUUGAUGGAUUGAUAUUUAAAAUGAGUAUCAAAAUAUUUCCCGCUGUAUCAUUCCUUUGAUUUAACAUUGUGCAUUGUUAAUUUCAUUUUUGUACAAACAUGCAGUUCCAUUCCAAUUUAUUUAAAUAAGUCAUAAAAAAUUAUGUUCACAAUUAUUGAUGCUUGAAAAUAAAUUAAUUAAAUGGAAUUAGGAUACAGUGUUUGAAGUGUUUUUGCUGAUAGCCUACAAUAUUAUCAUAACUAUUAAGUUUAACAAUUAACAUAGGACAAUGUCAUCAGGUCAGGCGCCUGUCUGAAAGGUGGCAGGCAAGGCAGGGUGUUGCUAAAUUGCCUAUCCAAAUACUGGGGGGCACUGAUUGAGAAAUAUGCCAUUAUUGGGGGUUAUGGGAUAAGCCACCCUGACCUCCUGAAAUUGCUGCAUAUUCCUGGGAGAUAAACAGGCAUAACUAGCUUCUAUUGCCAUUGAAUAUAUACUGAUAGCCUACAAUAUUAUCAUAACUAUUAAGUUUAACAAUUAACAUAGGACAAUGUCAUCAGGUCAGGCGCCUGUCUGAAAGGUGGCAGGCAAGGCAGGGUGUUGCUAAAUUGCCUAUCCAAAUACUGGGGGGCACUGAUUGAGAAAUAUGCCAUUAUUGGGGGUUAUGGGAUAAGCCACCCUGACCUCCUGAAAUUGCUGCAUAUUCCUGGGAGAUAAACAGGCAUAACUAGCUUCUAUUGCCAUUGAAUAUAUACUGAUAGCCUACAAUAUUAUCAUAACUAUUAAGUUUAACAAUUAACAUAGGACAAUGUCAUCAGGUCAGGCGCCUGUCUGAAAGGUGGCAGGCAAGGCAGGGUGUUGCUAAAUUGCCUAUCCAAAUACUGGGGGGCACUGAUUGAGAAAUAUGCCAUUAUUGGGGGUUAUGGGAUAAGCCACCCUGACCUCCUGAAAUUGCUGCAUAUUCCUGGGAGAUAAACAGGCAUAACUAGCUUCUAUUGCCAUUGAAUAUAUACUGUACGUUAAAUAUAUAAUGUUGCAGGCGGAAUGCAAGAUGCAUGUGGCAUGACCUGCUGCCACUCUGAGUCUGCGACAUUGUUGUAGCUAUACCGAUAUUGUUUGCAUAUAUAAUUUCAGGACAUCAAAUUGUAUGCUUUUACUGCAGUAGCAGACACUUUUGGUGAGAAAGCUAAAUUUAGGUUGCCACAAUGUGAACACCUUUUAGUGCUCUAAAUCGCAGUUCUUUAAAUUUUUGCCUCAAAAUUCUGGCAACUUAUAGCUUAAAAAAAUGGUUGAAAAAAUAUUUCUACUAUCAUCCAAAGGCUUUCACAAAUGGGAGAGUGGUUACCGUGGUUUGCACGCUACCGGCUACACUGCUGUCCUGUUUAUUUUUUGUUAAGCCCCAAACAGCCUAUUUAUUUAAGGCAUGGAAUCUAUAAAUUAUUGCACACACUUUCACCAUUAACAAACAGCAUAUAUGCUUUUUUUGUAAUCUCAAUUUGAGAUGGCUUAAAUUAACAGUAGAUUUGUUAUAAAAUUCGGCUACUUUUAUCGAAUAUUUCACUUGAUGUAUUUGUAGCAGAUCCAUGGAUCACAGAAUUACUUUAACUAUAGUGUAUUUAUAAAAUUAUAUGAAUAUUAUGGUAUUUUCAAAAAUACAUGCAGUCUUAUAUCCACCCAAAAAUUAAUAUAUGCUCGCUAUGUCCAAACACAGGUCCAGAACGACAAGUCAAAACCACAAAAUGCCAAAAGACCAACACUGGAGAUAACUAGCGCAAUUGAAUGGAAGUAAAUAUUUUAUUACAUCUGUUUCGGGAAUUCAGUCAUGUCAGUCAGCAUUCAUAUCGGUAUUUUAUAUUUAAACAACAAAAAGUAUUUGCCAUAAUAUAACAUUCAAAAGUGUACAGUCGUACGUAAAUCCUCAAUCAGAAUUAAUAUAACAUUUAACUUGUAUUUGAAAUCUUGCAAAUAAAUGUAAUUUCGACUUUUGUUUUGUGUAAUUCCCGCACUUAAACACCAAUUUCCGGUAUCGGUGUCAUUGAUCUCACGCCAGCCAAUGAAAUUGAUAAUUUCAUUCCAUUUCUCCUGAGUCAUGCACAGCACCUAACCUACGAACGGGCAUACGCUGGAUACGAGAUUGCGUUUUUAUGGGAUUUUUCGUUUGUAAAAAUAUUCUUAGCAAAAUAAAUCGUGUUACCAUGACACUUGUCAUGGUAACAUAACACGAUAAUUUUAAUAUUUUAAUUUAUUAAUAUACUUUAAAUAUUUCAUGUUCGGAAAAUACAAUGGUCUUGUCAGCAAGGCGAGGUGUUUUUGCAUGCAUGCAUGCAUGUAUUUUCUAGUUAAUUAGUAUUGGACAUAAACGCAUAUUUCCUCUUUCUUGACAGUGGCAAAAAUAAUACAGCCAACCAUCAAUUCCCAUCCACUGAUCGACGUGUAAUUCAAAUACAAAGUGAAAUCCGGCAGACGGUCUUUCGCCUUGCCGGCCCGUUUUUAGGUGUUCCGCCAGGGUCUGACCGUCUGCCACGCAGGCUAGUUUGACUGCCUCUUUAAUCAUUAUGGGCAUGGAUGAAAAUUAAUUUUGCACUUUAUUUCUAACGGAUUAAAAUUCAAUAGCUAUUUUAAGGUGAAGCAUUUUAAGGUUCUGGCGACGUUUCGCCGGCUCAAAAAUGCACUAAACUAGAAAUACGUACAUGUAGAAACCCCUUGCCUUGCUGGCAAAACCAUUAUAUUUUUAAAACAUGAAGAAUUUGGAGUUGUUCUUACGGUAACAUGAUAACUGUAUUUUUCACUUCUUUUGUCUAUUUUUUAAUAUUUACGGCCUGAAAUUAUAAUUUACAAUAUUAACAAUUUCCGAAAUGUGUACGAUAGGUAUGUUAUUAUAUGCGUAAUAUAAACUUUAAUCUAAUGUAAAAUUCAACCACAUGCGCGUUUGCAAAGAAAGUCAUAAAAGUAAACUGCAUUUAAUUGAUAUAUUCUGAGUUUUAAAUAAGAACGAUUAUGAAAUUCUGUCAUGAAAAUAACUUUGCUUUUCCUUUUAUUUAGAGAUUUUUAAUAAUCUAAAUUAAUAAAAAUGAAAAUAAUGCACUUUAUACGUUGUCUUUUUAAUAAUACGCAACAUCAUUUUUUAAAGCAAACAAUACAUCAUCUUAAAAACAAAUAGAUUUCCAGCAAUGUAGCUAUAUUGCCCCUGAUAUUUUGUCAAUGAGGCAAAACAAAUAAACUGUUUGGCUGCUCGUCCCAUUAAACGAUUACUCGGAUUUCUCGUUGAUGUUUUCAAAUCCACUCAUUCAACUGACCCACUCCUGAAAUUCGCCGUACUUUUGAGAUCAGUGGGAGGUCCACCCAUGAAACAUAGUGACGCGCUCGCAAUCAUUGAUGAACUUUAGACUUCACUAUGUUUUCCUUUUGCCUCGUGGAAAUAGCCGAGCGGAAUUAGUUCCCUCACCACGGGGAUUAUACUUCAAUAUUGAUGUAAAAAUGUAAGUUCGGGUCAUCAAUCUUCAAUAAUAAGCCUAAAUAUGCAUGUAUGUUUUACUUUUCCGUUUUCUUGACUAUAAAGAAAUCAAGCUCAACCAAAAGCAACUUCUUAUCUUCAAAUUAGAAAUUUCAACCAGAGACGACUUCUUAUCUUCAAAAAGCUUAAGUCUACAAAACCAUUUCAGUACUAACUCUAAAUUACUUCACAACUUCAAAAACAGUUAGUUGGAAUGAGGAAUAUAACUACAGGAAAAACAUAGAAAGUAGUGCUACAUUUUUAAAAAAUAGAGUUGCAUACUUCAACCAAAUUUUUCGGUAUUGUUGAUAAAGCUGCCUAUACUGCAUGCAGGAAGCCAACAAUCAGCAUUCAGUAAUAAUUUUGCAGUCGUUGUAGCAUUCUUUAUCUACUAAACUGGCAGUAAAAUGUUGUUGCGAUCAGCAUCAUUAAAUUUAUCUAUCACGUAUCAUUACUUUUAAGGUAUUCCGUGACCUGCAGCAGCAGAAGAAUGGAAAAAUCUCCGUGUUUUAUUGCGGAAAUCCAGCUCUUGGGAAAACGUUAAAAGCAUAUUGUCAGGAGUUUGGCUUUGGAUUUAGGCAAGAAAACUUUUAA